CACAAAGAGACAACAUUUUUCUUAGAUCCAGAAAGCACGUUUGUGUUUAGUACUUAAUUUGCUUUACAUUCUAAACUUACUCAAUGGGAAAUAUAAUAAACAUUUGAUGCAUUUUAAUAUAGAACUUUUUGAAGUGGUGGAUGAGGGGGAAGUACACGCCUACCGUAUCACUGCGCAGUCUGAAGAGGUGGAGUGAAUUGGUCGCCAUCUUAGCAAACUAUCUUAGGCGUGCUUUUUGCUGCUGUUUUUAACGUAAAAAUAAUAAUCAAUUAUUUUCUGUGUUUUGGAGUGAUAAGGUAUGUCCGGUGGUGUAAUUAGAGGUCCCGCAGGUAAUAAUGAUUGCCGAAUAUACGUCGGGAAUCUCCCCCCCGAUAUCCGUACCAAGGACAUUGAAGAUGUGUUUUACAAAUAUGGAGCGAUCCGAGAUAUUGAUUUGAAAAAUCGUAGAGGUGGCCCGCCAUUCGCUUUCGUUGAGUUUGAGGAUCCAAGGGAUGCAGAAGAUGCUGUGUAUGGUCGUGAUGGUUAUGAUUAUGAUGGCUACAGAUUACGGGUUGAGUUUCCAAGAAGUGGAAGAGGUACUGGAAGGGGUGGAGGUCCAGGAGGUGGUGGUGGAGGCAGUGGUGGUGGAUUGGGAAGAGGAAGAUAUGGACCACCAUCCAGGCGUUCAGAGUAUCGGGUAGUAAUUUCAGGUUUGCCUCCUAGUGGAAGUUGGCAGGAUUUGAAGGAUCACAUGCGUGAAGCAGGUGAUGUAUGUUAUGCUGAUGUUUAUCGAGAUGGUACUGGAGUUGUGGAAUUUGUUCGGAAAGAAGAUAUGACCUACGCAGUUCGAAAGCUGGAUAACACUAAAUUUAGAUCUCAUGAGGUAGGUUUUAAUUUGUUCUUUAUCAAAAUUGGAUGCAUUGGGGGACAUAACAGUGGGAUGUACAAGGUAAGAGACUGCUUAAAAGUCGAACUAAUGGGCAGUUUUAUACCUGAGCUAAUGAUUACCUUAAUUCCUUUUUGUUUAGAAAGGCUCCAUCUUGUGAGUUUUGAAUUUUUGUUUUUAGACUUAUUUUACUGUAAGUUCUGUCUGUUCAAUAGGGAGAAACUGCUUACAUCCGUGUCAAAGUUGAUGGCCCAAGAAGCCCAAGUUAUGGAAGAUCUAGGUCACGCAGCAGAAGUCGAAGUAGAAGUCGAAGCAGAAGUGCCAGCAGAAGCCGUAGUUACUCACCUAGGAGGAGCAGAGGGUCACCACGCUACUCACCACGCCAUAACAUAUCUGAAGAAAAGGAUUAAGAAUGCUUUGGAUUAAAGGAUUGUGGAGCACAUUUCAGUCAUUUUAGGAUUGUCAAAGCGUGUCUGUUUGGAGGAGGCUUGAGGAGGAGCAAUCUGAUCAAUAAUGGAGGCAAUGGUACGACUCCAAAUGCUAUUGUCACAGAUACAAAUUAGUAGUAUUGACCUUGUACUGAACAGCUGCAGCCUCAAAAUUGUUUAGUUAUAAAUUUUGAUACUUGCUGACUUGCAGAUUUAAACAUAUUUUGGCAUUAUUAAAUUAGCUGGUCUAAAGUGUAUGUAGUAUAAUGUCAAUACUCCUGCACCUGCAUGUCAUGUGUGACUGGUUUAGUUUGGUUUUAUUAACUUUAAUGCAUAAAACAUCUGUUUUAUAGGAAUUCAGCUUUUUUCAGAUAUCGGAAAGCAAUUAUGCCAGUUUCCCCACUUUUUUAGAUUGAUUAGUACACUCUUUGCUUAAUGAUUAGUUCUUGUGGUUUUUGAACAGUUUCUACAUCACUGAGCAUUUUGCUGCUAAAAACAUUUGCUAGUGACAUACACUGAAAUACAUGAAAAACGUGUUCAGUGUGGAAGCUAAAUGCAUUACGCAUGUGCUGAAAUGUGAUACAAUUUUUAUAGUACCUUUCAUUUUGUUUACACUUGUAUCACACAUUUGUCUUGUACCGGUAACUACAUCUUGUAAAUUCCCUUGUCUGCUUUAAACCUUAAGUACAUAGUGAUGGAAUUCGGGAAAGUAAAUGUAGCUAAAAACACUACAGUUGACUAGUUGUAGUUACCAUAGUCCUUGGUAGUGCCCUACAUAUGGGGGUUUAAUCUUUCUUUUAAACUUGUGUAGGUGUUGAUAGUUUUCAUCACCCACUUUUGAAAGUUUGCAACAUUGCCCUUUGCAGGUCUUUUUUUUUUGUGUAAUGUGAUUUACUACUUUAUUUCCUGGCCUUGAUUUUGCCAGUAGAUGCUGACCUACAUGGGGGUGGGGAAAUUGGAGUACUUCAUAUUUUUCCCUUUGCUUGUUAACAAGCAGCAGUGAGUUUGGAGGGCUUCAGGAAUUUCCCAGGGUUAAUCCAUUUAAUUUUUUUUGUAUACAUCAAAUCUAGUGAAACUUUUGGGUAAAUUGUUCGCUGCUCUUCAUAGUGUUGCCAAACUUGCCUACGAGAAAGUUAAAUGCUUAAAUUAAAAUCUAGCAUAAUCCACCAUACAUUUUGUAAUGCUCAAUCAUCUGUUUAUUUCAAAAUGUUAGAGAAUUUUUAAACUUUGUUCUAAAGCUAGACUGUCUGAAAUUAUGUACUAGGUUUAGAAUUAAAUAUUUUUUUGUGUAAUUUGUCGAUACUAUUUCAAAGUUGUUUAGAGGGAAAAUGGUUAUAACUGCUCAUCAGAUGUUAGCUGCUUAGAUGACAGUUAUAACUGUUAUUUCCUCAAAAAAAUUUUGUCUGAUUACAGUGUCUAACUUUUGCCUCCUUUUUUUUGGUUUUUGCUGGUUAUUAAAGGUUUGGAUUGGAGGCUCACUGGAUCCCAAUCCUUGGAGCUGGAUCAUUGGAUUCAAAGCAGUAUGAGGAUAGGAUAGGGAGAAUCAAAAACAAGGAUUCAUGGAGCGGGAUCAAAUUACCAGGAACCGUAGGAGAGGAUUCCUGCCCCAACCAAACCGCAUUGUUGUGGAUUUUUUUAUACAAGUUAAUUGGCUAUUCCAAAGGUUUUUCAUUUUUGACGAUUGGAGUCCCAAAGAUGCACGAUGGGAUUUAUUUCGUGUUUUUAUUUUUUUAUUUUUUAUUUUUUUAAAAAUUUUUUUGUAAAAGGAGCAAAACGAGGACCAAGAGAGGUACGCUGGAGCAAUCUCCUUGGAUGGAUUCAGCAUGAGGAUUUGGUAAACAUAAAGGGAAAGGAGGGUAUAUAAUCGUUUUUACUAUAUUUUAUUUUUAAAUAUUAAAACCAUUUAAUUGUGGUUUUCAAUUGGUUUUUGUAUUGCCACCCAUUUUUCUCAUGUUUUUUCUGCCAAUAAAACUAUUUUUUAAAUUG